AUGAGUGCGAAAGAGCCUACAAGGAGUUUAGGUGCUGCUGAGGCUGUCCACGUGACUCUGUGCUUGGUUGGCGACACUGCAAGAAGGGAAAGCGGAUCGAUGUCCGUUGACUUUUUGAUUUUGAGUGGCCGUGACGACAACAGGAUACAGUAUGAUACAGAUGGUCAGGAGAGAAAUAAAGUCGCUGCACGACGUUGGCAGGAACAAAGAAGGUAUAUCCCCGAAUUUCAAGGGACGUGUGCCGGUUGUCUUUUUGUGUGGUUAUCAGGUGUGGCUUCUGCGAACAGCCUAACUGAGGAGUCUACAAGUUUUCGUCGACCGCUGUCUCAAAACCAUAGCUCGUGUGGGCUUAGCCGGUGA